AUGAAUAUUCGAGAAACUCUCUCUCUUUCCAUCAGCUCUCCCUCUCCCUCAGUUUUCUCUCUCUCCCUCAGCCCUCUCUCUCACACAUCUCUCUCUCUCUAUCUAUUAGCUCUCACUCUAUCCAUUAGCUUUCUCUCUCAUCUCUCUCUCUCCCUCAGGUCUCUCUCUCCCACAACUCUCUCUUUCAUCUCUCGCUCCCUCAGCUCUCUCUCUCUCUCAGCUCUCUCCCUCAGCCCUCUCUCUAUUCAUCAGAUCUCUCUCUCAUCUUUCUUUCUCCCACAGCUCUCUCUCCCCCUCAGCUCUAUCUCUCCCGCUCAGCUCUCUCCCUCAGCUCUUUCUCCCCCUCAGCUCUAUCUCUCCAACCUCAGCUCUCUCUCAGAGCUCUGUCUCUCCUGCAGUUCCCCUCAUCACUCUCUCUCCCUCAUCACUCUCUCUCCCUCAGCUCUCUCUCUAUUCAUCAGUUCUCUCUCUCAGCUCUCCAUCAGCUCUCUCUCUCCCUCAACUCUCUUUCUCAGCUCUCUCCCUUAG